AUGCCCUCUUGGGCCCUCCUCAUGGUCACCUCCUGCCUCCUCUUGCCUCCUCCAAACCAGGCACAAGUUACCAGUCAAGAUGUCUUCUUGCUGGCCUUGGGCACAGAGCCCCUGAACUGCUUCUCCCAAACAUUUGAGGACCUCACUUGCUUCUGGGAUGAGGAAGAGGCAGCACCCAGUGGCACAUACCAGCUGCUGUAUGCCUACCCAGGAGAGAAGCCCCGUGCAUGUCCCCUGCAUUUCCAGAGUGUGGCUACCUUUGGAACCCGAUACGUGUGCAGGUUUCCAGCCCAGGAUGAAGUUCGCCUCUUCUUUCCGCUGCACCUCUGGCUGAAGAAUGUGUUCCUCAACCAGACUUUGACCCAGCGGGUACUCUUUGUGGACAGUGUAGGCCUGCCAGCUCCCCCCAGUAUCAUCACGGCCAGGGGUGGGAGCCAACCGGGGGAGCUUCAGAUCCACUGGAAGGCCCCCGCUCCUGAAAUCAGUGAUUUCCUGAGGCAUGAACUCCGCUAUGGCCCCACGGACCCCAGCAACUCCACUGGCCCCUCAGUCACUCAGCUGCUCUCCACAGAAACCUGCUGCCCUAUGUUGUGGAUGCUGAAUCCAGUUCCUGCUCUUGACCAGACUCCAUGUGUUCAGCCUACAGUACCCCAACACCAUGGACCAAUGAAAACCUUCCCAACUGGAGAAGCUCCAUCUCUGACAGUGAAGGGUGGACGCUGUCUCAUCUCCGGGCUCCAGCCUGGCAGCUCCUACUGGCUCCAGCUACGCAGUCAACCGGAUGGGGUCUCCCUUCGUGGCUCCUGGGGACCCUGGUCCUUUCCUGUGACUGUGGACCUUCCAAGAGAUGCAGUGGCAAUUGGACUUCAGUGUUUUACCUUGGAUCUAAAGAAGGUUGUCUGCCAGUGGCAGCAUCAAGACCACACUAGCUCCAAAGGCUUCUUCCACCACAGCAGGACACGGUGCUGCCCCACAGACAGGGAUCCCACCUGGGAAAAAUGUGAAGAGGAAGAGGAAACAGGCCCAGGGUCACAGUCUGCUCUCUUCUCCCGAUGUCACUUCCCGUCACAAAAUGACAGUGUUAUUCACAUCCUUGUAGAGGUGACCACAGCUCAAGGUGACAUUCACAGCUACCUGGGCUCACCUUUCUGGAUCCACCAGGCUGUGCUCCUCCCCACCCCAAGUCUGCACUGGAGGGAGGUCUCCAGUGGGAGGCUGGAAUUGGAGUGGCAGCACCAGUCAUCCUGGGCAGCACAAGAGACCUGCUACCAGCUCCGAUACACUGGAGAAGGCCAUGAGGACUGGAAGGUGCUGGAGCCAUCUCUCGGGGCCCAGGGAGGGACCCUGGAGUUGCGCCCCCGAGCUCGCUACAGCUUACAGCUGCGCGCCAGGCUCAACGGCCCCACUUACCAAGGACCCUGGAGCGCCUGGUCCCCCCCAGCUAGGGUGGACACCGGCUCCGAGACUGCUUGGAUCUCCUUGGUGACCGCUCUGUUCCUGGUACUGUGCCUCAGUGUCCUCCUCGGCCUGCUGCUGCUGAAGUGGCAGUUUCCUGCGCACUACAGAAGACUGAGGCAUGCUGUGUGGCCCUCCCUUCCAGACCUACACCGGGUCCUAGGCCAGUACCUAAGAGACACUGCAGCCCUAAGUCCUCCUAAAGCCACAGUUACUAAUACCUGUGAAGAAGUGGAACCCAGCCUCCUGGAAAUCCUACCUAAGUCCUCAGAGAGGACGCCUUUGCCCUUGUGUCCCUCCCAGCCUCAGAUGGACUACCGAGGACUGCAGCCUUGCCUGAGAACCAUGCCCCUGACUAUGUGUCCACCCGUGGCUGAACCGGAGUCCUGCUGCACCACCCAUAUUGCCAACCAUUCCUACCUGCCACUAAGCUAUUGGCAGCAGCCCUGAAAACAGCCUCUUGCUACCACAGAUCUAGGGCUCCCGACAUACUACCUUGUCCAUCCUUAACACCAACACCAUCCAUUCUGUUUACCCAUCUCCUUGGGCUCUAUAACACUGAUCUUUCUAUACGGCCAUUGACAAAUCCAGAGACCAUUUCCACAGCCACUAUAUAAGGCUCCACUGCCUUUUUUUUUCUUGAGACACGGUUUUAUUAUAUAGUCCUGAUGGUCUAUAACUAUAUAGAAAAAAACUGGCCCCAAACUCACAGAGAUCUGCCUGCUGGAACUAAAGUUUCCAAGCCCUGCAAUCCCUCUUUGGGGAAAAAGUUUCUACUUCCCCAUCUCCUAUUGACCCUUUAUGCUGCUAAUGAAACUGCAGACCAAGUUCACUUCAAGCCUUUUAAUUAUGAGAUCCAUAGGGUCUUGUUAAUCAUCUAUUUAUUUGAUCUGUCAGCAUUUUCCUCCUCCCUGGUUCUGCUCCUGCCUCUCUGAGCAUACCAGCAGUAGAACCAACUCUGGAGUUAGAUAGAACCAGGUUGUAUGCCUACCUUUCACACCUGCUAGCUAUGCAAACUUAAGCAAAUAGCGGAAAGCCUUUGAGCCCUUCCCUCUCAUCUACAGAACAUGGACAAUAGCCACAUUGGGAAAGAUAUAUGUUUAAUGUACCUCAACUAGCAUCCUAGUUAUUUCUUCUCAAUAUCCUAUUCUGGCCUUUAUUAUAUGAUGACCAUUAGAAAGUUUGUCUCCAGCCCACAUUUCUACUAUAGCACCCAUCAGGUUUUGUGUGACUUUUUACAUAUAUAUUUCUUGCUACUGAAUAGUGAGCCAUGAGGGCAAGGAUUUGUUCUUUUCCCUGGCACCUUGAAUACUGUUUGGAGCAUGAUAGGUAAUAGACCUUCAAUAAAUGUUAUCUAAAUUAA